AGUAGACGGUUACUGAAAGGCCAAACAACUUAUCGUACAGGCAGUGCAGGAACAAAAUGCUGGAUGGCCAAGGAGACUUUAGCAGAUGAAGAUGACAUCCCAUACAAACCGAAUACUGAUGUACAGGUGGCAGGCAUGCUGAUUUAUUAUACCCUCUCUGGUGGACACCAUCCUUUUGGCGACAAGUCCUAUAAAUGUGAGAGCAACAUUCAUGAAGGGUUGUACACUUUGGACCAUGUUCAAGAUGUGGUGGCAAAGGAUCUCAUUGAGUGGAUGAUCGAUGCAGAACCAAAGAACAGACCAAAAGUUGAACAUUGCUUGAGUCAUCCCUUCUUCUGGACCACUGAAAGGUAAGGAAGAAACUACUGA